GUCGUUCUUGGUUAAAUUUCGUAUGAUAAAACAAACUCUUUAAAAAUUGAAUACAACAUGAUAACAUUUUAAGGCUUAUUACACAGUGACGUAGUUACAUUGUACUUGUAUGUGUAUGUAAAUAACACAAGAUGUGUGAAUUGUAUGUGGUCGAUCCACUGGGCCUUUUAUUAUCACUUUCACAGCAUUCGAUUAGCAAAAAAGAAGCACCUUUUAAAAAAUUGAAGAAAAAAAACCCGAUUUGCCCCAAAGUAAACCGUAAACAAAACAAGAACAAACAAUGAAGAAAAUACAAAGGAUGUUGGAUCUGGUACAUCGUGCCUUAAUGUAUCCGACUAUCCCAACAUUUUCUAGUGCAUCGAUGAUGAUCUCAAUUAACAGAAUUUCACAAUUCUAAAUAUUUUGAUAACAUCAUAAUUCUCUAUAAAACUUAAAUUUAAAAUGAAAAUGGAGAUUUCUGAGCAAAUAUUCAUAUAUAUGUUUUAUAAGGUUUUGGUGCUGGAAACUGAAAUUAUAUUUACAGCCUCCUAUCCCUUUAAACGGUCUACUAACCCUUGACUUAAUUUGCGUAUACAUUAAUCGCAUCCUAGCUACGCCUCCAGUGUGCAUAAACAGCAUCCAGUAGGUGUUGUUCCUAGAGCAAGUCAGUCUUUAUUCUUGGAAAAUCUGUGAGGAAGGUUGGAGUAACAUUUUGCACUCUACUACUUUGGCCAAGAUGACGACUUGUUAUUUUUCCUUGUUUUUUAUUUGUCUAUACUCAAAGUUGGGUCAUGUUGAUCCUCUGUUGAAAGGAAGUUAUCUUAUUCAGGAGUUCAAGGGGUCGUUGUCGCAUGAACUUAGUAUUCUUUUUGCAAUUGAAAGACACACGCUUAUGUCAACUGCACUUUCCUGUGCAAAUCAGUGUGGAGGGGAUCGACGAUGCAUAGGACUGGAGAUUUGUAAAAUUCAGGAACAUCUGUAUCAGUGCAGAGCAUGUUGUGGCUGGAAGAAGUUUGGAAAAGAGAAGGCUAAUAAGAACCUAGACAGCUGUGAAUAUUUCAUGCUGGUGAAUGAUGACCAAAAAGGAUAUGUAAAUGUUGCAUCUAAAAAGCCGACUUCCAUGAGUUCUAUCUAUGACCAAACUCAAUUGUCAGAAAAUGCAGUCGACGGUGUUGUUGUGUGUCCUACGAGUCGGCACUACCUCACCCAUACAAGACGUGAACAUAAUCCCUGGUUCAAAAUAGAUCUCCAGCAGAUGUUUGAUAUUAUGAGUGUAUUGAUGUAUGCCAGACAGGAUUGUUGUGAACCUGGGAGAUUUAAAAAUGUCAUGGUAACUGUUUCCAAUGAUGACCAGUACCACGCUUGUGGUUUUUACCCAGGCCCUACCUAUAAACAUGACCGCAUUUCCGUUCUGUGUGAAUCACUCUCCAGGGGGCGCUUUGUAACCCUAGCAAUGGAUUUGGAACCAGGAACAACUACUGCUCUUCACGUCUGCGAGGUCCAGGUCUAUGGAAAACGACUAUCACUUUAGUGUGACAUUCAAAGUACAAAAUAAACGAUACAAACAAA